UCUCCACACCUUAGUGGGAAAAAAUUUGGGAAAAAAUGAGAAACCACUCCCUCUAUGAUCAUAUAUAAUAAAGUCCUGCUGAGGUCUGAUUUAGUGUCAAGUCUAAUCAAAACUCAGUGACUUGCUCUGCCACAGCAGUUCUACAUCAGCAUCAUGGCAUGCCUUUAUGGAGACAUCCUGAAAAUAGACACCACUGGUGCAUCAGAGGUGACAGCAAAACUAGACAAAUUAACCAUAAAGGGGGUUGAAGCCUCCAAAAAACUGGCUGAGAUUGAUCUGGUCCGGGUGGAGAAAUACAAGAGUAUGAUCACUAAAGUUGCCAGAGCAAAGCAGAUGGACCCAGCUGUGAUUGCUGCCAUCAUAUCCAGAGAGUCCAGAGCCGGAGCCAUCCUGAAGGAUGGAUGGUGCAACAAAGGCUAUUGCUUUGGCCUCAUGCAGGUUGACAAACGCUACCACUCUCUAACUGGUACAUGGGACAGUGAGCUGCAUAUCAUUCAAGCUACUGAGAUACUCAUUAGCUUCAUUAAAGAAAUUAAAGUAAAAUUCCCCAACUGGACUCAAGAGCAAUGCUUUAAAGGGGGGAUAUCAGCCUACAACGCAGGCUUGAAGAAUAUCCAAACGUAUGAGCGCAUAGACGUGGCCACCACCGGCGGUGAUUACUCCAAUGAUGUUGUCGCCAGAGCCCAAUGGUUCAAAAGCAAGGGUUACUGAAGAAAAACAACAUAAAACACUAAUAUUAGAACAGUGAGAACCACCAGUCCUGAUCCUUAAUACUAGGCCUACUGUAUUGCUAUGGUUAGUUAGAAAUAGUUAGCAGAUGCUGAUGUAAUCAUUCUCUUUUAAGAAUUUGUGGUGUUUUCGAAAUGAAACUACACAGUGCAUUUCCUGCUAUUAAUGAAGAAUUUAUUAAAUAAAGCUCAUAUUCACUCCAAUCAUGUGUCAACUUUUUUUUUUACAACGGUCUUUUAAAGUCUUUCCAAAUGUACAUUAAAUUAGCCUCGUGUGUAGGCUAUUCUUCUUCGCUCCUGAAGUAGAAGCAGGUUUUGAAAGCGUGUGUUGUCGAAGACAGAGGGCGAUGUUGAGCC